GCUCUCUGUGCGCAGGCGCGCUGAACAGGGCCCUUCGCGGCUAGGUGCGCAGGCGCCUCGGGCUCUGCUAACUGUGGAAGCAAUGGACGCGCUGGAGUCGUUGUUGGACGAAGUGGCCUUGGAGGGGCUUGAUGGCUUGUGUUUGCCUGCUCUGUGGAGCCGUCUGGAGUCUCGAGUGCCUCCCUUCCCGCUGCUGUUGGAGCCCUACACGCAGGAGUUUUUGUGGCGCGCUCUUGCCACGCAUCCGGGCAUCAGCUUCUAUGAGGAGCCUCGGGAGCGCCCCGACCUCCAGCUGCAGGACCGGUAUGAAGAAAUUGACUUGGAAACUGGAAUAUUGGAGUCCCGGAGGGACCCGGUCUCUUUGGAGGAUGUCUACCCCAUUCAUAUGAUCUUAGAGAAUAAGGAUGGCAUCCAGGGCUCGUGCCAGUUCUUUAAGGAGAGGAAGAACAUUACCAGUAACAUCAGGAGCAAGUCUUUGCAGCCUCGUUGUACGAUGAUGGAGGCAUUUGACAGGUGGGGCAAGAAGCUGAUCAUUGUCGCCUCCCAAGACAUGCGCUACAGGGCGCUGAUAGGCGCAGAGGGGGACCCUGACCUGAAGCUCCCCGACUUCUCCUAUUGCAUCUUGGAGCGACUCGGCCGGUCCAGGUGGCAAGGGGAGUUGCAGCGAGACCUUCACACCACCGCUUUCAAGGUUGACGCUGGAAAGCUUCAUUAUCACCGGAAGAUCUUGAACAAAAACGGGCUCAUUACGAUGCAGUCACAUGUGAUCCGAUUGCCCACAGGAGCCCAGCAGCACUCCAUCCUCCUGCUCCUGAACCGCUUCCACGUGGACAGGAGGAGCAAAUACGACAUCCUCAUGGAGAAGCUCUCGGGGAUGCUGAGCACCCGGAGUAACCGGAUCGAGACGCUGGGCAGACUGCGGGAGGAGCUGGGGCUGUGUGAGAGGACUUUUAAGCGUCUGUACCAGUACAUGCUGAACGCGGGGCUGGCCAAGGUGAUAACCCUCCCCUUACAAGAGAUUCACCCUGAAUGUGGACCCUGCAAGACCAAAAAAGGGACUGACGUCAUGGUCCGGUGCCUCAAGCUGCUGAAGGAGUUCAAGAAGAAGGUGGAAGAUGACCACGAUGACGAUGACGAUGAGGAAGUCAUCUCCAAGGCCGUGCUUCCCGUGGACAUCGUUUACGAGCGGGAUAUGCUCACGCAGACCUAUGACCUCAUUGAGCGCAGAGGCACGAAAGGAAUUUCCCAAGCUGAAAUCCGAGUGGCCAUGAACGUGGGGAAGCUGGAAGCAAGAAUGCUGUGCCGGCUUCUUCAAAGGUUCAAGGUUGUCAAGGGGUUCAUGGAGGACGAAGGCCGGCAGCGGACCACCAAGUACAUCUCAUGCGUGUUCGCUGAGGAGAGCGACCUGAGCCGGCAGUACGCGCGGGAGAAGGCCCGGGGCGAGCUGCUGACCACCGUGAGCCUGGCCUCCAUGUCCGAGGAGCCGCUGCUGCCUGAAGGCGAGGACGCCUUUCUCUCCGAGUCGGACAGCGAGGAGGAGGGCAGCAGGGUCAGCAAGCGCAGGGCCCGGGGAGCCCAGCCCCACGUGCGGCCGUCUGCGGAGUUCGGGCCUGGUGCGCAGCCUCAGCACUCCACCCCGACCAAGGGCGGGUGGAAACUGCUCAACCUUCACCCCUUGAAGAGGCAGCUGCCUUCCUCCCCAGGGGCUGCUGAGGAGCGAGCCUCCCGGAGCUCGGGGGCCAGGGACAACCUGGACACCAGCGGCUCCUCGGACUUCAACGUGUCCUUCGGCUCCCACUGCAUGGAGAGCGCCAGUGGCGACAUAGCCAUGAUCGAGGAGGUGCGGCUGGACAACCCCAAGGAGAGUGGCAGCUCCCAGAAGGCUGGGAAGCAUAGCACAGGCCUGGAGAAGCCCCACAAGACUUACCGCCUGCUGAAACGCCGGAAUCUGAUCAUAGAAGCUGUCACCAACCUUCGCCUGAUUGAGAGCCUGUUCACGAUUCAGAAGAUGAUCAUGGAUCAGGAGAAGCAGGAGGGCGUGUCUACCAAGUGCUGUAAGAAAUCCAUUGUGCGGCUGGUGCGGAACUUGUCUGAGGAAGGCCUCUUGCGGCUGUAUCGGACCACAGUUAUUCAGGAUGGCAUCAAGAAGAAGGUGGAUCUGGUUGUGCACCCAUCCAUGGACCAGAACGACCCUCUUGUGAGAAGUGCCAUCGAGCAGGUUCGCUUCCGGAUCUCUAAUUCAACCACAGCAAACAGGGGGAAGGUUCCCCAGCCUCCAGCACCUCCAGAGGAGGUAGAAGAAGAAAGUCAAGGACAAGAGGAACCAAGCAGAUCGGGAGACUGUGACAUGAAUGCGUCCUCUAAACCAGAGAGUGGGCGGGGGAAAAAGACCGAUGAGAAGAUGGGCGUGACCCCGAUGAAAAAUUACCACCCUGUUGUAGUUCCUGGCCUUGGGCGCUCUCUCGGGUUCCUGCCCAAGAUGCCUCGCCUGCGGGUGGUGCACACGUUCCUCUGGUACCUGAUCUACGGGCACCCUGCCUGCUAUGUAAUGGAGAAGCCAGUGUUGUUUGGCAGUGAGAGGAGAGGCGGCAGGCACCCCAGAGGUGACUGGGAUGCCUCGGAUCUCAGGGACAAUCCAGACGGUGUCACCUGGGAGACUGAGGUGGAGCUGUCCACAGAGACAGUGUACGUGGACGACGCCUCGUGGAUGCGCUUCAUCCCUCCCAUCCCGGUCCACAGGGACUUUGGCUUUGGCUGGGCGCUCGUCAGUGACAUCCUCCUCUCGCUGCCCCUCUCCAUCUUCGUCCAGAUUGUGCAAGUCAGCUACAAGGUGGACAACCUCGAGGAGUACCUGAACCACCCUCUGAAGCAGCACACGCUCAUCCGCUUCCUCCCCAGGCCCAUUCGGCAGCAGCUCCUGUACAAGAGGCGGUACAUCUUCUCGGUGAUGGAGAGCCUGCAGAGACUGUGCUACAUGGGGCUACUGCAGUUCGGCCCCACGGAGAAGUUCCAGGACAAGGACCAGGUUUUUGUCUUCCUGAAGAAGAAGGCAGUCAUCAUUGAUACUACCAUCUGUGACCCCCAUUACAACCUGGCCCACAGCAGCCGGCCCUUCGAGAGGCGGCUCUAUGUGCUGAACUCCAUGCAGGAUGUGGAGAGCUACUGGUUCGAUCUGCAGUGCGUCUGCCUCAACACCCCGCUAGGUGUGGUGCGCUGCCCAGCCGUCCCGAAGAACAGCGCCGACCACGCCAGUGACGAGGAGGGCAGCCUGCGGAAGGAGCAGGAGAAAGCCGUUGACAAGCACAACCUGGAGCGCAAGUGCGCCAUGCAGGAGUACACCACGGGCAGCCGGGAGAUCAUGGAUGAAGGCCACAUCCCUGGCGACGGGUUGGGAGCCGCUGGACUCGAUUCCAGUUUCUAUGCACACCUGAAACGCAACUGGAUCUGGACCAGCUACAUCAUCAAUAAAGCCAGAAAGGAGAACAUCACUGCAGAGAACGGGCUCACAGUGAGGCUCCAGACGUUUCUGUCCAAGCGCCCUUUGCCACUCGGAGCUGCAGGCAGUAGUAGGCUGCCCCUCUGGGGGGAAGCGAAAGCGGGCAGUGAGCUCUCUGCCCACCGGGAGCAGUUUGGGAUGGAGCGGGAGCCCACACUGGGCCGAAGCCGAAGGGUGAAGGGCGGCAGAAACCAGAAGCGGAAGCGGCUGAGGAAGGACCCUGUCAGGAGGACCAAGCGGAGGAGAAAAGCUCCAGGACAGCUGUUGGAGGACCCCUCAGCUCUCCCCUUGGUGAUUCUAGAGGAGCUGCCAGGAGCCAAAAUCAAAAGGCCGCGCUACCACGACGAGGCCGACCAGAGUGCCCUGCGGAGGAUGACGCGGCUGCGUGUGUCCUGGUCCACGCAGGAGGACGGGCUGCUUGUGCUCUGCCGAAUCGCUAGCAACGUCCUCAAUUCCAAGGUGAAGGGCCCGUUUGUCCCCUGGCAGGUCGUGCGGGACAUCUUGCAUGCCACCUUUGAAGAGUCUCUGGAUAAAACAUCUCACUCCGUUGGACGAAGAGCUCGCUACAUUGUGAGGAACCCACAGGCCUAUAUGAACUACAAGGUUUGCCUGGCUGAGGUGUACCAGGACAAAGCACUGGUUGGCGAUUUCAUGAACCGAAAAUGUGACUAUGAGGACCCGAAGGUUUGCGCCAAGGAGUUUAAAGAGUUUGUGGAGAAGCUCAAAGAGAAGUUCAGUUCCGCUCUGAGGAAUCCCAACCUCGACAUCCCAGACACGAUGCAGGAGCUGUUCGCGAGGUACCGAGUUUUGGCAAUUGGAGAUGAAAAGUACCGGACGAGGAAAGAGGACGAGCUCAGCAGCGUGGAGGACAUCCAGUUCCUGGUGCUGCAGAACCUGAUCCAGAGCACGCUGUCCCUCUCCAACAGCCAGGUGAAGUCCUGCCAGUCCUUCCAGAUGUUCCGCCUCUACCGUGAGUACAAGGAGCCGGUGCUGGUGCGGGCCUUCAUGGAGUGUCAGAAGAGGAGCCUGGUCAAUCGGCGCCGGGUCAGCCACACAACAGGCCCCAAGAAGAACCGGGCCCUGCCCUUCGUGCCCAUGUCCUACCAGCUGUCGCAGUCCUACUAUAGGCUCUUUAACUGGCGAUUUCCCAGCACCAUCUGCACAGAGUCCUUCCAGUUCUUUGACAGUCUCCGGGCUGCCGGCAGGCUGGACCAGUCCGAUCCUUUUUGCUUCAAAGACCAGGAUAACAGUGAGCCCCCAGCUGGCAUGGUGGCAUUUUCCCUGGACGGCCCCGGCGGACACUGUGCGACCGCCCUGACCCUCUGGUCCCUGGGCCUCGUUUCCGUGGAUGUCAGGAUCCCAGAGCACAUCCUGGUGGUGGACAGCGCGAUCAUGAAGAGCCUGGGGAAGGAUGGGGCCUUGGAGGACGAGGAGGACGAGGAGGAAGACCUGGAUGAAGGCACGGGGGCCAAGCGAGCGGGCGUCGAGGUGAAGGCGCACCAGGCCUCCCACACGAAGUACCUGCUGAUGCGGGGCUGCUGUGUGCCCGGCCUCAUCAGCACGCGCAACCUCAACCCCAACGACAGCGUGGUGGUCAACUCCUGCCAGGUGAAGUUCCGGCUCCGCUGCAGCCCGCUGGACACCCAGCUCAAGCCCGCCGACCCCUCUCUGCAAGAGCUGACGGAGGGGACCUCCUGCCUCCCCAACUCCUUCACCAGGCUGAUGGAGCCGCCAGGAAACAUGGUCAGCCGGGAGGAGUUUGCCCGCCAUGGGGUGCUGUCUGGGUACAGCCCCGAGGACCUGUCUGCCGCCCAGGAGAUCUGGCAGGCUGUGGUCUCCGCCGGCUGUUUUGGGAUUGACAAGGAGAAGCUGAGCAGUCAGUUCUUGGCCUUGGAGAACACGGCGGGCUCCAAGACAUUCCAAGACUAUAUCCAGGACCUCUUGGCAUGGAGCCAGGUGCUGGAAGUCGGCAGCAACACCGUCCGCCUGGUGGCCAUGGCCUUCGCCCGCCCCUGGCUGCUGCACUCAGUGCGGCUGAAGGACACAGAGGAGGAUGCCCCGGCCACACUCCCCGAGGGACCUGCCAGCGAGAGGCUGGCUCCGCCUUCUCAGAGCACCAAGCGCCGCCCACGCUGGGCCAGCCAGAGCAGUGACACCGACGCCGACACCGAUGCUGAGUAUACCCGGAAGCCCCCUGCAAAGAGGCUCAUGCUCCAGCACGUGCACUGGGCCCCUGGCCCCAGGCUGGCAGCAGAGGAGGGGGUGGAAACCCUGGCUUGGGCUCCACCCCUGGCUCUUGAAGACCCAGGUGCAGGGGGCACCGGGCAGGAGGACCAAGAGCGAGGCCUGCCCAGCUCCCUGGGCCCAGAGCCGCUGAGCACUCAGGCCCAGCUUCCAGAGGGCUCGGAAGACCCCAGAGGGCUCCUCGAUGCCACUGGGGCUGGUGGCCUCUCCCAGGCACCUCCAGAAAAGGACUGUGAGGACAUCUGCUUCAUCGGCCGCCCGUGGCGCGGUGUGGAUGGCCUCCUGAACAUGCCGGUGUGCAAGGGCAUGAUGGAGGCCCUGCUCUACCACGUCAUGAGCAAGCCCGGCGUCCCUGAGAGCAGCCUGCUGCAGCACUACCAGGGCGUCCUGCAGCCUGUCGCCGUGCUUGACCUGCUCCAGGGCCUGGAGUCUCUCGGCUGCAUCCGGAAGCGUGUGCUGAGGAAAUCCCCCACCGUGUCGCUGUUCUCUGAGCCUGGCGUGGCAGGGCCCGGGCCUGAGGUGCCCUUGGGGCUGAGUGGCAGCACCGAAGCCUUCUAUGAGCCCACGCUGGACUGCACCAUCCGCCUGGGCCGCAUCUUCCCGCCCAAGGUCAACUGGAACAAGUGGAUCCACCUGUAGACCUGCCCUGGCCACACUGGUCCCCCGGCACCCCUAGGAUCAGACGAGCCUGGAGCAGAUAGGUCUGUGUCCAGCUCCUGUGAGGGGACAGUGCACUGGCCAGAGCCAGGGCCUGCGGUUCCUGCUGCCCCCGGACGCUGGGCAGAGGGCGCCCUGGCCCGCUCCUCGGCUCCUCUGGGCCGCCCAGGAGCCUGGCUCUCCACCCUUGGCCUGUGCAUCCCUCAGCCAGCGGGGUCCCCGCCCUCUGCUGCUCCUGCUCCCUUGGCCGCUCAGCCGCUUCUGUGGGCAUGUCCUGCGCUCACUCACUCCCUGCAGCUGCCUGGCCUCUGAACCCAGCUCCAGUGAGCCUUGGAGGGGUGGCUGCUGUUGCCACCACUGCAGGCUGCCGGCUCUCCGAGUGCCCAAGGGCCUUGCGCACCAUAGCAGGAGGCCCACCCGAAGCCCCGCCCCGCCCACCAGAAAGGUGGUCCCUGUAGGUCCUGGUUCUUUUGUUUUGUUUUUUCAGCCUCCUUCCUCAUUUACAAACAAGUCCUCUGGCGUGUAUUUAUUUAUUUUUUAAUUACAGUGGAAUGAAUGCACUUAGCUUAGCAUGUUUCUGCACGGUUGUCCCUGGGGCCCCUGCUCAGCUGAAACAGCCGGGAGUGGCUGUGCCUAGGAAGGCAGGACAGGGAAGCCAGCUGAGCCUCUGUGUUCCCCACUGCAGGAUGGAGGCGUGGGCAGCCCUGCCCACCCCCUUGGCCCGGGACCCCUGCAUCGGCCCCAGGUCUGACCCUCACCAGCCUGUGGGAGGGGUGCAGUCCCUUGAAAGCUCUCUCUGGCUGACAGUGUGUAAAUUGUUUUCAGUUACUGACAUUUUUUUAAAUGUGUUGGUUUCACCUUUAAACAA